AUGAACCUUGAACGCGUGCCAGAGCUAUGGUUUGAGGAUGGCAACGUCGUCUUACAAGCUGAAGGCCAAGUUGUGUUCAAAGUCUUUCAGGGCAUCCUCGCUGCCCGGUCACCCAUAUUCAAGGACAUGUUUUCGUUCCCACAGCCCCAACAACGAAUGCCAGAAGACGAAUACGACGGGUGUCCACUAGUUCCAAUGGCGGGAGACUCUGCUCAUGAGGUCGCUUACUUCCUGCAGGCGAUUUUCAAUUCAGAAUUCUUUCCUGCGUACCCUGCUCCGACCGAUUUCCACGUUGUAGAGGGCUGUCUCCGGAUGAGCCACAAGUAUCAAGUGGACUACCUCAAACAACGCGCGCUUGUUCACUUGUCAUCUGGGUUCCCAACAGAGCUAGCAUUGCUGGACAAGCGACGGUAUCACUCUGGUCCGACUGGGCUCCUUGCAGCGGAGCGGACGUCGUGGCUGCCUCCGCCCAGCCCUAAUGAAUAUGAACAUAUCCCAGUGCCCACACUUCUCAAAGCCAUCGCUCUUGCUCACGAAGUCCAAGCGCUUUGGAUCCUUCCUCUCGCGUUUUACUACCUUGCCUGUCACCUGGCGCACCCAGAAGCGCUCGUGCACCAUCCCCUAUCCAACUCUCGUGCAAACCAAGACGUAGCCCUCUCAGAGGGGGAUGGGAGGGCCUUCUUACGGGGACAUGCGGCCUUUAACCAGACUGCUAUUUCCCUCCUAGCCGUUGUGUCCGACUACCACAGUUCCAAGUCGACCGGCUGCAAGGAUCCGCCAAACUGCAAAGCCGUCCGACUGAAGGCACUGAGCAGGUUCCUCGAUCUGGCGGGGAAGCGGCUUAGGAUGCCGUUGCAUGUAUUCCGAGUCUCACCCGACGGUCCGCUGAAGAAAGCGUGCCCGUCGUGUUAUGAGAAACUAGCGCAGGCGCUCAGGGAAAAACGGGAUAGACUGUGGGACGAGAUGCCCGCGACAUAUGGCCUGAGGCAAUGGGAGGAUUUGACAAAGAUGAAACGAGAGGCCUUGAGCUUCCAUCAUGAAGCAAUCAACAUCAUAACAUGGGCCGACUCGUCUGUCACACUCAGGGCUGGGCUGGCCGUGACUCUUCUUCUCGUCAACCACAUCUUUCUUAUCGUGCUUAUGGCGGACUUCGUGCCUCCUGAAAUCAUUGACCUCAUUAUCGAGGAAGUAAAAGACCGACCAGCACUCAGAUCCUGCUGCCUCGCCGCCUCCAUUUUCCGCGAACCCUGCCAACGGCGUCUGUGGAGAUCUCUCUCCGUGGAGUUGACGGAACGCCAUGGUGCCACGUUUCGUCCAAAUGGUGCUUACUUGGGCUCUUUCUUCACCGCAGGAUUCUAUCUCGACAUUUAUCCCCACAUCGCGGGUUACGUUACCGACUUGGAAGUGUCUAUUGAACUGAGAGCCCAUGCAGCCUGGCAGUUUCGCCAUUCUUUCUCGAGUCUGAAGACCAUAUUAAACUCUCUCCCAAGACUCGCUAGACUCACCAUUACUUCUGCCGAUUUAUGGGGGCAAGAAACCUACCGAGCAAGCCCCGGCACUGCGAGUCUAUGCCAACUGGACUUUGAAAACUUUCCUAUUGUUCCCCCUCAACUGGUCCGCGAUGCAUUAAUGGCCUCCCAGGCCUGGAAAAUUUUACCGAUCCUGGUGCGGGGACUGCUUCACUCCAACGCCUCAAGAGUCAACACCACGAUUGUCGACAUGGGUUGCGUGAUAAACUUCAAGCUUGUCCAGCCGUACAUUCGUUCUAUACGUGCUCUGGUGCUCGGUGCUGGUAGUGGCCUUUGCUCAAAUUACGGAGAUGAAGAAUUUAGCAGAACAGUCCCCAGGGUACUAUCAGUUAUGAGUGAAACACUCGAGUACCUGUCGGUGGAGCUUCCAAGUGAAGACGGCCUGCGGUUCCACGAACCUGCCAUGAUUUAUCCAACGGACAUGCAAAAUCUUCCCCAGAGUUUCCCUCGACUGCAAUACCUCCAAAUUGGCUUCCAAUACGUAAUGACCGACGACUCGAGAAGGCAUGUGCCGCCGCCACUCCUCCUGUUCUUCCUUUCCUCGAUACUUUCCCGAACGUCAAGUAAUUGCGGUGGCCUACCGGCGCUCUACCUUUGUGCCCAAAUCACGGUUGCGAUGUCUGGACCACUGGACGGGGCACAGAUACCCACUCCUCGGAACUCAUACCGGCUUGACAUGCAGGCAGUCUUGGAAGGGCUCGACCAAGUGCUCUACUCAUACAUGUCGAGGCACGUCCUUGGCCGCGUAUGUUAUGUUCCGCAAUUCUACACCACCACGUGCUACCCGCGAUCCAACCAAACGGUCCGCCUCUGGGAAGGAGCCCCCAGAGUAGACUGGCAGGAGUAUACCGAGGCAAUCAGGACAUCUCUUCCAAAGGCGAUGGCGGCGGGAUUGAAAAUCGUCGACUUCGACUCGGAUUGGAGAGAGCCAAUGGUGGAAUUUUGA